AUGGUGCGGAUGAGUGUGUUAGCAGAUGCGUUAAAAACUAUCAACAAUGCUGAAAAGCGUGGUAAACGACAAGUUCUAAUUCGACCAUGCUCGAAGGUAAUAGUACGUUUUCUAACUGUAAUGAUGAAAGCUGGCUAUAUUGGUGAGUUUGAAAUCAUUGAUGAUCAUCGAGCAGGGAAAAUAGUUGUUAAUUUAACGGGUCGCAUCAACAAAUGUUCCGUAAUUAGCCCGCGUUUCGAUAUUUCCUUGAAAGAUUUGGAGAAAUGGACAUCCAAUCUUCUUCCUUCACGGCAGUUUGGACACCUUGUGUUGACAACUUCGGGUGGAAUUAUGGAUCAUGAAGAAGCGCGCAGAAAACAUCUUGGUGGAAAAAUUCUUGGGUUUUUCUUCUGA